GUGUGUAUGACUGCGGGAGCUCAGCAAAAGUACGUUCAAAUCGAUAUGACGACACAAACUUUAUAAAUGAAAGUCGCUGUCAGCUGAGCUCCCAGUUGAUCGGUCACAGACCACAGUGGAACGUUCGGCUACAGUGAGAGCCAACGUUUAGUUAUUCUUAAAUAAAUUAUCUCCAACUUCAACAAGUUUCAUAAGUGUUUUGUGUCAUCGAUUACAUAAAAAUCGUAAAAUGCCUUGUCCGUUUUUGGGAUCGUUGAACCAAGCGUUCGUGAAAAAUUAUGGUGCGACCCUGAUGAAGCAGUACGGAAAUUAUUGCCCGAUUAUAUCUCGUGGAUUUCGUUCUUUGGGAAAUGACGAAACCAAAUGCCCCUUCAUUCAGCAAAACUCUAUCAUUUCGGAAGCUCCUAAGGAAAUGACCGAGGACAUCGCCGAACCUGCGACUCCGUACCACUACGAGAACUUUUUCCACGACCAGAUCAACGCUAAAAAAAGGGACUACUCCUAUCGCGUUUUUAGAAAGGUGUCUCGUCUGGCUGCUGAUGGAGUAUAUCCGAAAGCCCUGGAGGGGCCUGAAAAUCGUAGAGUAACUGUCUGGUGUGCCAACGACUACUUAGGGACGUCCCGUCACCCAACUGUGCAGGAUGCUGCUGUCAACGCUAUCAAAUCCUAUGGAACAGGAGCAGGUGGUACAAGGAAUAUUGCUGGAAACUCCCAGAUGACUGAGAAGCUUGAAGGAGAAAUUGCAAAACUGCAUAAGAAGCCUGCAGCAUUAAUAUUUAGUUCUUGCUUUGUAGCUAACGACGCUACUUUAUCUACAUUAGCAAAAAUACUGCCUGAUUGCAUAGUUUACUCGGAUGCAGGAAACCACGCUUCUAUGAUACAAGGAAUCCGGAACAGCCGAGCCCCUAAGCAUAUCUUCAGGCACAACGAUCCAAACCACCUACGGAAGUUAUUGGCCGACUCUCCCAAAGGUGUACCAAAGCUAGUUGUAUUUGAAACUGUUCAUUCCAUGAGUGGUGCUAUAUGUCCUUUAGAAGAAAUGUGCAAUAUAGCACAUGAUUAUGGAGCUUUAACUUUUGUUGAUGAAGUGCAUGCUGUUGGCUUGUAUGGAAAACAUGGUGCGGGCAUAGGAGAAGAGAGAGGUUUGCAAGACAAACUAGACAUUGUAUCGGGGACACUGGGAAAGGCUUAUGGUAAUGUCGGAGGAUAUAUCGCAGGUUCCUCCCUCCUCGUGGACACUAUAAGGUCUCUAGCACCGGGUUUCAUUUUUACUACAGCAUUACCGCCACCAGUUCUGGCUGGCUCCCUGGCAGCUAUAAGGCUUUUAGCUAGUGAAGAAGGACGGAAUCUACGAGCUAAGCACCAGGCCAUAGUGCGCUAUUUGAAACUGUCAUUGCUCGUGGCCGGUUUGCCACAGUUACCAUCCGUGAGUCACAUAGUGCCCGUUCCUAUCAAAGGGGCCGAUAAAGUGGCCCUCGUUGCUGAAUCUCUAAUGAAGAGGGGCCACUACGUGCAGGCUAUCAACUAUCCCACGGUGGCGCGCGGCGAUGAGCGGCUGCGGUUCGCGCCGGGCCCCUACCACACGCCCGAAAUGAUAGACAACCUGAUCACGGCACUCAUUGAAUCAUUCCAUGAGAAUAACAUACGCUUCAGUGAGUUUAUGAUAAACGGCACUUGCCGCGAAUGCAGCAUGGAGUACAAGGUGGACAUCGGCUAUGAGGAGCCCCUCAAAUACCCGAUGCAAGUCGCCUAGACCUUGACCUUGACCUUGAACUAGCGAAAUUUUUAUUUAUUUGAAUUAUGGUUGAUGGUUAGGGAAAAAAAAAUUAAAUGCAUGGCAAUGGU